AUGGCAGUAAUAGACGACGAUUCGCAGGCCCAAGCAUCGGCGCCUCUAAUCACCGAUGUGGAGCGGGUAGAAGUGCUGGCCCCAUCGUCGCUUCCGGAGGGAUACGGCUUGGAAGUGAGCACCAUCAGCAGCAUGGGCGACGUAGUGCACUCGAGUGUGAUAGUGCCCGAAGGUGGAGUCUCGGAAGGAGAACGGUUCACCGCCAACCUUGUAGGUGCUUCGGGGAGUACAGCUACGAGCACUCGGUACAUGGACAUUCCCAAUGAUCGAUGGAGAGAUGAUAUCUUGAGUUGCUUUCGCUUUGGCUGCUGUCACCCCGUCAUUUGCAUGGGGCUCUUUUGCUUUCCGGUUCCGUUGGGGCAAGUCAUGACGAGAAUGAAUCUGACAUGGAUUGGAGAUUAUAGAGAUUCCGAAACACAAACAAUCCGCAUCUCAGCCUUCAAGGUGGUCAUGUUCAUUCUUAUAAUCUACCUCGCUGGACAGUACCUGACGGCACAAAGCUUGUGGAAGGAAUUGUGGGAGCUUCCCUUGCCAAUUUUCCUUCCCAUGUCUUGGUGGGAUUUCUGCUUUUGGGUAUAUUGCUUCUUUGUCGUCAUGAAAACACGAUCCUACAUUCGUCGUCGGUAUUCCAUCCCCGAAACCGUGUGCGCGGGCUGCGAGGAUUGCUGCUGCGCCUUCUUUUGCCUCCCUUUGACCGUUUGUCAAAUGGCACGGCAUACCGCCGAUUACGAUACCUACCGUGCCUCGGCUUGUUCCGAAAAUGGUCUACCCAUCAAUGCUCCAACCAUUGUGUAG